UUGUGUAUGUAAUCCAUGUACAUGCUUAAAUUUGGGCAUGGGCAAUGGGUUGUGUGUAAGUGUGUUGAUUGAUGUCUUUGUGGAUCUGGUGUUAAGAGGCAAGAAAGUGGAGAUGGGAUUGUGGGCAGUGGGUGAAUCCAGAUCGUCUGGACGAAUUAAAUUGAUAUAUAGAAUUCAUUUUGAUUUUUAUGUUAUUUUAUUUAUUUAUUUUGUUAUCUUUUAGAGUUCUGAUGCAGACAAGGUUUAAGGAGAGAACAAAUUCAAUGAAUGGAAGAGGGAAGAGGAGCUUGGAGGGUGGUGAUGAUGAAGAUCAGAAACCAGCUAGAAAAAUUCCUGCUUUAGCUAGUGUUAUUGUGGAAGCUCUAAAGAUGGAUCAUCUCCAGAAGCUUUUCUCGUCCUUAGAGCCAAUUCUCCGGAGAGUGGUUAGUGAAGAAGUCGAACGUGCUUUGGCAAAGUUGGGGCCUGCCCGACUAACUGGAAGUGGAAGGUCAUCACCUAAACGAAUUGAAGGGCCAGAUGGGAGGAACUUGCAGCUUCGUUUUAAGUAUAGAAUUUCUCUUCCACUCUUCACUGGGGGAAAGGUAGAGGGGGAGCAGGGUGCUGCAAUUCAUGUUGUACUAAUAGAUGCAAACACAAGCCAUGUUGUGACAUCUGGACCUGAAUCUUCUGCGAAGCUUGAUAUUGUGGUACUAGAAGGUGAUUUCAACAAUGAAGAUGAUGAAAGCUGGACUCAAGAGGAGUUUGAGAGCCAUGUUGUGAAAGAACGUGAGGGAAAGAGACCUCUUUUGACUGGGGAUUUGCAAGUGACUCUCAAGGAAGGUGUUGGAACGAUAGGAGAUCUCACAUUUACAGAUAAUUCAAGUUGGAUAAGGAGCAGGAAGUUUAGACUUGGUCUGAAGGUUGCACCAGGAUAUUGCGAGGGUAUACGCAUACAAGAAGCAAAGACAGAGGCUUUUACAGUUAAAGAUCACAGAGGAGAAUUGUACAAGAAACACUAUCCACCUUCUCUUAAAGAUGAAGUAUGGAGAUUGGAAAAGAUAGGAAAGGAUGGGUCAUUCCACAAGAGGCUUAAUAGUGCAGAAAUAUUUACGGUUGAAGACUUUCUUCGUCUUGUUGUCAGAGACUCUCAAAGACUACGGAAAAUCCUCGGGAGUGGUAUGUCAAAUAAGAUGUGGGAUGUCCUCAUAGAGCACUCGAAGACUUGUGUCUUGAGUGGGAAGUUUUAUAUUUACUACUCCGAUGAUUCAAGAAAUGUAGGCGCUGUUUUUAAUAACAUCUAUGAGCUAAGUGGCCUGAUUGCUAAUGACCAAUAUUAUCCAGCAGAUUUACUUUCUGACAGCCAGAAGGUAUAUGUGGAUACCUUGGUUAAUAAAGCAUAUGAUAACUGGAACCAAGUUGUGGAGUAUGAUGGAAAAUCUCUUUCGAACUUCAAGCAAAAGAAGUCGAGUGCUCUAUGUAACGAUCUUCCCAUGGGCCCGGUCAAUUAUCCUGAUGUUGUAGAGAGUCCUUUUCUACCGCCAAGAUUGCCAGCAUCUGUUCCAUCUGAGCCUUCAUCAAUGAUUCCAAGCAUGCAGAUUGGAGGUUCCUCUUACAAUGACAAUACAACUAUGAGAUACCCUAUCCAGUCUCCGCUUAUGAACUCCAGUUCCGGUUCUCAGUUUGAUCCUGCCGCUUUUACUCACAAUGAUCAGCAGCAGGUCAACCAUCCUCAGCAGAUUACGAUGUAUGACAAUAGCGUUGGGCUUGCACUUGGUCCUUCUCAAUCAUCACCAUUCCAGACAGGCAACUCCUCAGUACAGCAGACUAUGAUUAACCCGUUCGAGGAUUGGCCUCACAACAGGGACAAGGGUGUAGAAAAUUUAUUGUCAGAAGAGGAAAUUCGCCUAAAAAGUCACGAAAUACUUGAGAAUGAAGACAUGCAGCAUUUGCUUCGGCUUUUCAGCUUGGGAGGUCAUGCCUCUGUUAAUGGGUCUGAAGACGGGUACAAUUUCCCUUCUUACGUCCCAGCACCCUCUCCAGAAUUCAGUUAUAACAAGGAUCAUACCCGUUCCGGGAAGGCUGUUGUCGGGUGGCUGAAAAUUAAGGCCGCAAUGAGGUGGGGUAUCUUCGUCAGGAAGAAAGCAGCUGAGAGGAGGGCAGAACUUGUGGAGUUAGAAGAUGAGUAAAAUUUUCUGUUGAGAUGUUCAGGUAUCAAUACUAACCGUCCUCCAUUUGACGAUUAGUGGAUCUUCUGCAGUGCAAGUAGAUAUGUAGAGUUCAGGAUUGCAUGGUAGAUUUUUCUCAGGAAUCUCGAAGUUCUUCGAUGUUUCUUUGUUCUUGAUAACAUAUUUCAUGUACAGCCACCUGUACAGUAAGUUUCCUGUGUGUUCAGAAACUAGGUUAAGACUACGGACUAAUUAUCCAUAUUUGUUCUGUGAAAUGUUGUAUGAUUUAAGGAUGCUUUUGUAUUCUGUUUUUUACA